GUUCAGAUCAGAUCUACUUUUUUGCUAAAUAAGAGAAGAAAUGGCCCUUGCUAUGGUGGUGGGAGAGGCUCUUAUCUCUGCUUCUGUGGAGAUCUUGCUGGAUAGAAUUACUUCUCCAGAGUUUCGAGAUUACUUUGCCAACAGAAAGUUCAAUGUUUCUCUCUUGGAUGAGCUGCAGAUAAAGUUGUUUUCACUCAAUGCUGUGCUGAAUGAUGCUGAGGAAAAACAGAUCACUGAUCUUGCAGUGAGGGCAUGGCUUGAUAAGCUGAAAGAUGCUGUCUUAGAUGCGGAGGACUUGUUGGAUGAAAUCAACACAGAUUCUUUGAGGUGCAAGGUGGAGGGAGAAUCUAAAACCUUCACUACCCAGGUCAGAUCAUUCCUUUCUUCUCCCUUUAAUCAAUUUUAUCGGAGCAUCAAUUCCAAUCUUGAAGCAAUAUCUACAAGGCUAGAACAUUUUGUGAAACAUAAAGAUAUUCUUGGUUUGCAAAGUGUUUCUAGGAGAGUAUCUUCCAGAACAGUUACAGAUUCAUUGGUUGAAUCAGUUGUUGUUGCAAGGGAGGAUGACAAAGAGAAGCUACUGAGAAUGCUUCUAUCUGAUGAAGAUGGGAAGAACAAUCAUAUAGAAGUGCUGACAAUAUUGGGCAUGGGUGGUCUUGGAAAAACAACCCUAGCUCAAUGUCUUUAUAAUGAUAAUGCAGUGCAGAAACAUUUUGAUUUGACAACUUGGGCAUGGGUAUCUGAUGAUUUUGAUGUGUUUAGAGUUACGAAGACUAUUGUUGAAUCUGUCACUUCUAAAAAGUUUGAUAAUACUAAUUUAGAUGCACUUCGGGUUGAAUUGAAGAACAACUUAACUGAUAAAAAAUUCUUGCUUGUGCUGGAUGACCUUUGGAAUGAAAAAUACAAUGACUGGAAUCAUUUAAUAGCACCUUUUACCAGUGGAAAGAAGGGAAGUAAGAUCAUUGUGACAACCCGACAACAUAGAGUUGCACAAAUAACACACACAUUUCCCAUAUGUGAGCUGAAUCGUCUAACAGAUGAAAAUUGUUGGUGCAUACUUGCAAAACAUGCAUUUGGAAAUGAAGGAUUCAACAAAUAUCCAAUGCUAGAAGAAAUUGGUAGAAGAAUUGCAAGAAAAUGCGAUGGCCUACCACUAGCAGCUAAAACAUUGGGAGGUCUUUUGAGAUCAGUUGUUGAUGUAGAGGAAUGGAAUAGAAUUCUGAACAGCAACUUAUGGGCACAUGACGAUGUUACACCUGCUUUACGCAUAAGUUAUCUUCAUCUUCCGGCACAUUUGAAAAGAUGUUUUGCUUAUUGCUCAAUUUUUCCCAAACAACAUUUGUUGGAUAGGAAGGAAUUGAUUUUGUUAUGGAUGGCUGAAGGCUUUCUUCAACAAAUCCAUGGAGAGAAAUCAUUGGAAUCAGUAGGUGAUGAAUGCUUUAAUGAAUUAUUAUCAAGAUCUUUAAUUGAAAAAGACAAAGCUAAAGUAGAGGAAAAGUUUCGAAUGCAUGAUCUCAUCUAUGAUUUAGCUAGACUAGUAUCGGGAAAAAGUUCUUACAACUUUGAUGGUAAUGAAAUUCCAAGAACUGCUCGUCAUUUAGCAUUUCCUGUGAAAAUAUUUGAUGUCUCUAAAAGAUUUGAGGGCUUGUAUGAUCUAAAGUUUGUGCGCACUUUUCUACCACAGUCCCCUUAUCCAUUUGGUGAUUUUUACUUAACCAAAAGGGUGUCACAUGGUUGGUUGCCAAAACUAAGAUGUUUGCGAACACUAUCAUUGUCAGAAUACAAAAAUAUCACUGAGUUGCCUGAUUCGAUUGGAAAUUUGGUGCUUUUACGGUAUCUUGACCUUUCCUCUACUCCCAUCAAAAAAUUGCCCGAUGCAACCUUUACACUUUACAAUUUGCAAACUCUGAAAUUAGCAAAUUGUAAAUUUCUUAUCCAGCUUCCAAGACAGAUAGAAAAUUUGAUCAAUCUACGUCACCUAGAUAUUAGGGACACAAAUUUGAAUGAGUUACUAACACAAAUAUGCAAACUACAGGAUCUUCGUACAUUGACUUCCUUUGUUGUAGGAAGAAAAGAUGGAUUAAGCAUCAAAGAAUUACGAAAAUUUAUUUUUCUACAAGUUAACCUUUCCAUUUUGAAGCUACAAAAUGUUGUUGAUCCCAUGGAUGCAUUUCAAGCCAACAUGAAGAAAAAAAAGCAGAUUGAGGAGCUUACGCUGGAGUGGGGAAGAGAUCCACAAGAUUCACAAAUUGAGAAAGAUGUACUUGAGAACCUGCAACCAUCAACAAAUCUAAAGAAACUCACCAUCAGAUACUAUAGUGGCACAAGCUUUCCGAAAUGGUUAAGUGAGUCUUCGUAUUCUAAUGUUAUAGUCCUUCGUAUCAGUAACUGCAACUAUUGCUUGUCACUUCCACCAUUUGGACAAUUACCUUCUCUUAAGGAGCUUGUGAUUCAAAGGAUGAAAAUGGUGAAGACAGUUGAUGAAGAAUUCUAUAGCAACAAUGAAAGAUCCUCUUUAUUUCAGCCAUUUCCAAUGUUGGAGAGUCUCCGGUUUGAAAAGAUGUUAGAAUGGGAGGAGUGGCUACCAUUUAAAGGUGAAAAUAGCGAAUUUUGUUUUCCUUUGCUGAAGCAUUUGAGUUUAUCCCAAUGUCCGAAGUUGAGAGGAAACUUGCCCAACCAUCUGCCUUCAUUAAAAGAGGUUAGUAUCUCAAAAUGCAACCAAUUAGAGGCAAAAUCAUGUGAUCUACACUGGAACACAUCAAUUGAAUCUUUAUCAAUUAGUGAAGGGGGAAAAGGCUUGUUGUCUCUUCUUGACGAAUUUUCGUAUGAGAAGCUAAAUAUUUUCAAAUGGGAUAGCUUGUCGUGUUUGCCAAGAAUGAUACUAGGUGCCAAUUGUCUUCAAAGGCUGACUCUUAACAAUAUCCCCUCUUUGAUUUCCUUCCCAAAUGAUGGUUUGCCCACGUCAUUGAAAUCACUUGAGAUUAGAUAUUGUGAGAACUUAGAAUUUUUAUCUCAUGAAACGUGGCACAAAUACACAUCACUUGAAUCUCUGAGAAUUUCACAUAGUUGUCAUUCUCUUACGUUCAUUACAUUAGAUUGUUUCCCUGCUCUUGAAACUCUAUGUAUCUACUCGUGUCCCAACUUGGAAGCAAUUACUACUCAAGGUGGAGGGCCUGCUCCCAAAUUAAUAAAUUUUUGGGUCCAUGAUUGUGAGAAACUUAGGUCACUUCCAGAACUGAUUGAUCUCCCUUCCCUUAAAUACUUAAGUCUCUCUAAGCUUGCAGUGGUAGCAUCAUUGGGUGCAAGGUGUUUGCCUUCAAGUUUACAAUCACUGACGGUUGGUGUUGGAAUGUUAUCAUGUAUGUCUAAAGAUGAGCUAGGUUUCCUAUUCCAACGCCCCACUUCUCUGUCUGAGCUUUGUAUUAAGGGUGGUGGGGAGGCAGAUGUUGUUAACAUCAUGCUGAAGGAGCCGUUACUGCCCACUUCUCUUCAAGGGCUGUACCUUGAGAGUCUUGAUGGUUUGGAGUGUUUGGGAAUGGAAGGAAAAGCGCUUCAACAUCUCACAUCUCUCCAGUCUCUCACCCUAUGGGGUUUAGAUGAAUUGAAGUCGUGGGAAGGGAAUGGGCUUCAACAUCUCACUUCUCUCCGAAUGCUUCGGAUUGAUGGUUGUGGAAGCCUUGAGUCUUUGCCAGAAGAUCACUUGCCAUCCUCUCUUGAAUUAUUGGAGAUAUACAGAUGUCCUUUACUAGAAGAAAGGUAUCAAAAUCAGAAAGGGAAAUAUUGGUCUAAGAUUGCCCACAUUCCUGCCAUCGAGAUAAAGGAUGAAGUGAUAAUAUGAGUGGUUGGAUGACUAGGAAUCAUCGAAAAGUUGGUAGCUGAGGUGGCAAGCUAGUAAUAUUUGUUGAUUGUGAAGGUUCGAGCUUGUUCUAUUGGUUGCAUUCUUGUAUCUAGUUCAAUCUCAUUGUCACGUUGGUUGUCUUUCAAUCAUCUUAAUCAAAUUCUACAAAUUCCCUCAUUAACAUUUGUAAUUGGUCAAACUAAAUUUGUGGUUUGUUGAUGUUAAUGUACUGUUAGUUGGUUUUCUUUCACUGAACUAUCUUUCUAAAACUUCAAUAUAUUGGAUUAGGAUUGUGAUAUUGGUGUUGAAUCAUCCAAGUUUAUUCAAAUUAGAAAUUGAAAUUUGUGUUGAAUCAUUUGAUAAUGGUUUGUUAGCAGUGUAUUCUUGUAAUAAAAUAUUGGUAUGUAAACUUUAUUCUAUUGCUCCAAGUUGAAUAUUUAUAAUUUACGAUA